CAAAUAAUAUUUUAUUCCGGUUCCGUUUGUGACAAUUUUUUUUCUUUUGACACACUAAUAUUAACUUCUUAUUGAUCAAAGAUGAUUUAACAAACUUAUAUUGUUUUCAACUGCAAAUUAGAAGUGAACUAUAUAUAUAGAAUUCGUAGUCAAAUUAAAACGGUUUUCGUUCAAGAUGUCUUCCUCUUCAAAUUUUAUCGUCAAUUCGGCAGACAGUGGCAUAGGAUGUUUUUAUCGUCUCCUUCAUUGGGGACCAUGUAUAGCACUGACUGUGAUAGGUAUUGUUUCAUCGUGCUCUAUAAUUUGCGAUUUGCAGUGGUGGCCACCAACUACUUUGUGGGGGGGCGUUCAUUUGAUUGUCUUUUGUUUUUGGGUUACUGCUACUCUUUAUAACUUCUUCAACGCAGCCUUUUUAGGUCCAGGUCAUGUACCUCGAAAUUGGGCACCGAAGUCUAAAAGAGAUGAAGAUAAGUUACAACAGUGCAUUGUCUGUAAAGGCUUUAAAGCUCCAAGAUCGCAUCAUUGUAGAAAGUGUGGCAAGUGCGUUAUGAAAAUGGAUCAUCAUUGUCCAUGGAUCAAUAAUUGCGUCGGUCAUUUCAAUCAUGCCAAUUUUACGUAUUUUCUUGCAUUUGCUCCAGCUGGAUGCUUACAUGGUUUAUGUAUAUUAAUUCCCUCUAUGUAUAGAGCAGUUACUAAGAAUUACUUCAUACGCUAUGGAUCAGAGUAUGACCCUAUAGUAACAUUAAGUGUAACAAUGUUUAUCUUCAGUAUGCUAGCGGUUGGUUUAGCAGUCGGUGUCAUUAUUGCUGUUGGCGGCCUUUGCAUUAUACAAAUUAGAAGUAUAAUUAAAAACGAAACCUCCAUUGAAUCGUGGAUUAAUGAUAAAGCGCAUUGGAGAAGAAGAGAUACUGAUGAAGAAUGGAUUUAUCCAUACGACUUAGGCUGGAGAGAAAACUUGAGACAAGUUUUUAGUUCUUUUUAUAAAUCUGACGGAUAUAGAUGGACUGUGAAAGAGGGUUGCAAUCAGUAUACUCUUACAGUAGAACAACUGCAGCAGAAAGCUGAAAAGAGGGAGAGAGCGAUAACGUACGUUGCAACUGAAAAGUAUAAUGGAUCGUGGUUUCCUAUAUCAAAGGGAAUUUGCGUCGCUUGUUGUCCACCGUGCGUAGACGAGCCCAGAAUCCCAUUACUUAAUGGUGAUAAAGUUUCCGUAACCAGAUGGAGGAAGUAG